AUGCGAUUGAGAGAAGAAGUGGAUUUGACUUCCUUUGAUGAGAGAGAGAAUAGAAAGACAAGUGUCUCCUGGAGCAGAAUUUACAUCGCCACUGAAUUCGUUACUCUGAGAUCAAUGAGAGAGCUCACUGAAGAUUGGUACUUUCUAACAUCUAAGACAACACUAGGAUGUUCAAGGCUAAACCUUAUCUUGGAAUUUUCACUCUCUCAGUGUGUUAGAUCCUUAGGCUCAAAAAAUUUUAUGGUACCUCCAGGGCCACCCACUCCACUUGCUGGUGCGCAGUCUGUUCCAUCUUCCUUGUUGCGGUCAAAUUCGGGUUUAUUGGGUGGUCAAGGGGGCUCUAUGCCUUCUCAGUCCGGCUUUCCUUCCCUUGUUUCACCACGCACUCAGUUUAAUAACAUGAACAUGCUUGGAAAUGUGCCAAAUGUAUCUUCCCUCCUUCAUCAAUCCUAUGGUAAUGGAGGGCCAAGUUCAGGGAUGUCCAGCUCCGGGAACACCCUCAGGGGUAUAAUUGACAAUGGAGCCGACACUGAUAUUUUGUCCAACAUAGGAAACGGGAUGGGUUUCAAUGCCCCUUCUUCAUCUCUUGGUCCAUCAAAUAUGGUACACUCAAAUGCACCAGGUCAAGGUCAAGUCCCUGGUCAACAUUUUCCAAAUUCAUCCGGGAACCAGAUCUUGCCAGAUCAGCAACAGGGCCAACAGCGUGAACCCUCAAACAUGCGACAGACUCAGCAGUCUUUGCAGCAGUAUGGUGUCCCCAACAAUAACCAUCAACAGCAGCAGUAUCAAACCAGUCAAGGCGGUUUAGGUGGUGUUGGCCAGGUGAAGAUGGAGCCACAGGUGGCAAAUGACCAACACGGGCAAAACCCUCAACAGAUGCAAGCCUUGAGAAACCUUGGUCCGGUUAAAAUGGAAUCACAGCAACAGCAACAGCAGCAGCAACAACAACAGCAGCAGCAACAACAGCAACAGCUGCUUCACAUGUCCAGGCAAUCUCCUCAGGCUUCUGCUGCACAAAUGAAUAUGCUGCAGCAACAAAGAUACUUGCAGCUACAACAUCAACAACAACAGCAGCUUUUAAAGAGCAUUCCUCAGCAACGCACCUCAAUUCAACCACAGUUUCAACAACAAAAUUUAGCAAUGAGGUCAGCUGCAAAGCCUGUGUAUGAACCAGGAAUGUGUGCAAGGCGGCUGACUCACUACAUGUAUCAGCAACAACAUAGGCCUGAAGACAACAACAUUGAGUUUUGGAGAAAAUUUGUUGCUGAAUACUUUGCACCUAAUGCUAGGAAGAAAUGGUGUGUUUCUUUGUAUGGAAAUGGACGUCAUACUACUGGAGUUUUUCCUCAGGACGUAUGGCACUGUGAGAUAUGCAAUAAGAAACCAGGCCGUGGCUUUGAGGCUACUGUGGAAGUUCUUCCCAGGCUUUUUAAAAUAAAGUAUGAAAGUGGGACACUGGAGGAGCUUCUUUAUGUUGAUAUGCCUCGAGAGUAUCAGAAUUCUUCGGGUCAAAUUGUCCUGGACUAUGCAAAAGCCAUACAAGAAAGUGUUUUUGAGCAACUGCGGGUUGUACGUGAUGGUCAACUACGGAUUGUCUUCUCUGCAGAUUUGAAGAUAUGUUCUUGGGAAUUCUGUGCUCGGCGCCAUGAAGAGCUUAUUCCUAGGAGAUUGCUGAUACCACAGGUUAGUCAACUUGGUAACGCAGCUCAGAAAUACCAGGCUUCAACUCAAAGUGCUUCAUCAAGUUUAUCUGUACCAGAAUUGCAGAACAAUUGUAAUAUGUUUGUUGCUUCGGCUCGUCAAUUGGCGAAAGCAUUGGAAGUUCCAUUAGUUAAUGAUUUAGGGUAUACAAAGAGAUACGUCCGAUGCCUUCAGAUAUCAGAAGUGGUGAAUAGCAUGAAGGAUUUGAUUGAUUACAGCCGAGAAACUAGGACUGGGCCUAUGGAGAGCUUAGCAAAAUUUCCGCGAAGGACAUCUUCAACAAGUUCGUUUCACAAUCAAUCCCAACAAGCGGAAGAACAACAAAAGCAACAAAUGCAUCAAACAACAUCAAACAACGAAACAUCUGCUAUGCAUAUCACAUCCACUAAUGGCAUGCCAAGUGUAAAUAACUCUAACUCGGCACCCCCAACUCCUUCCAGCAGCACCAUCGCCGGCCUCCUCCACCAGAACUCCAUGAAUUCCCGCCACCAAAAUCCAUAUGCCGCUGCCGCCGGCGGAAUCCAGAUUCCCUCCCCUGGAUCCUCCAGUACAGUUCCACCCCCACCUAACCCUAACCCUAACCCUUCCCCUUCCCCUUUCCAAUCCCCAACGGCAUCACUUUCUAACAGCGCGAUGGCGGUGUCGGUCCCUGAUGCCGAUGCCAACGACUCGCAAAGCUCGGUCCAGAAAAUAAUACAGGAAAUGAUGAUGUCAUCACAACUGGGAGGUGGUGGUAAUGAUUCGGGUCUUGUCGGGAAUGGGAAUGGGAACAGCAUCAUUACGAGCGGUGGAAUUGGGGGGAUGGGUGGUCAUCAAGCGGGUAUGAUGAACGGAAUGCGAGCUGCAAUGGGCGGUCAUAAUUCUUUGAGUAUGAACGGAAGGGUAGCAAUGUCAAUGGCAGCUAGGGACCAGAUGAUGAACCAUCAACAUCAGCAACAUCAACAACAUCAGCAUCAGCAUCAACAUCAACAACAUCAACAUCAACAGCAUCAGCAGCAACAGGAUCUGGGGAGCCAAUUGCUUAACGGUCUUGGAGCUGUGAAUGGGUUCAAUAAUUUACCUUUUGACUGGAAACCAUCUCCAUAAAAAGUUACAUUGUUCAAACUAUUCUAUAAAAUGCAGUGGGAGAUUUUUAAAUCAAAAGGUACACACUGGCAUAGUGGCAUGCAUGCAUGAUGAUGAUGAUGAUGGUCAUGGGGGUGAGAUACAAUAUAUAUUAUAUAUUUAGGGACUGGACAAAAAGAAAUGAAAGGAAAGAAAGUAAAGUAAGUUGGUGUCCUGCAUUGUACUACUAAUUCCAGAGAUGAAAGGAAAGAUAUAGCAUGAUGGGAGUCGGUUCUAUUUUUCAUUUUCUUUUUUUGUUUCUGGUUGAUGAUUUUUGUUUUUUUUUUUUUUCUUCUUUGCAUGGGAAUGGUUUUUUUCUUUUCUUUUUCUUAUGUUGGUUGAUUU